AUGGCAGACAUUCAGCAUAAAAGAACGGCACUGAAGCUUAAAUUGGCGUGCGAGGAAACAGCGGCGCAGGCGAUUGCUGCAACAUCUGCCAGCGGUCAGGCAAGCCGUAUCCACGGCAAAAAUCGCAAGUUUGGCAGUCGAAAAGAAGCCAUGGCAGCCAAGAUUGCAGCAGCUCAGGCCAAGCGAGAGACCAAAGCAGCAACAGGCGAAUGA